UGGAGCUCUACUGCGCGUUCUCGUAACCAUGUCGCCAUUUUGAUUCGAAAAAUAUGACUGAGUUUUUCCUGCUUUGCAUGCUAAACUUAGCCCCGCGUUUGAAUUACUUUGUGCGUGAGUACGGAUCAUACACUAUCUGAAAUAACUGCUAUUGUUAUUAACGUCAAGUAGCCAUUCAUGUUUGGGAACUGUUUAUUUGAUAGACUUCAAAGCCACAUUAGACUAACGUUAGCUAAGUUGAGCUAGCUAACAGUAGCCUGUCGCAGACUGACCCCUUCUUCAAAACAAAUCACUAUUCACAGGCUAAUAUAUGUAAGCUAACACAGCUAGCUCAUAGUUAGCUGGAUAGCUAGUGACUUAGAAGCUGGCUGCUGGACGAACAAAUCCAGUAACAAUCUCAUUCAAACGGAAGGAAUAGCAAUUAAAUCAAAGGUUAUGGUGAGCCUCUCAGCGUCUCAUCUCCUAAAGAGGCCUGCGUUUUAAGAGGAGACCCAUGCUGAUAAAUGCCAGGCCUCGCCACACUCUCUGUCGUCUGCACAAACACAAAUGCCUGCCUGCCCGUGGGGGAGGUCUGAUUAAAGAUAUCCACAUUUCAUCCACUGGGCUGUGUCCCCCAUCCCAGCGGCCACCAUGUUUUGGAAGUUCGACCUGCACACCACCUCCCACAUCGACCAGCUGCUGGACAGGGAGGACGUGACGCUGAGAGAGCUGAUGGAGGAGGACGACGUCCUGCAGGAGUGCAAGGCCCAAAACCGCCGGCUGCUCCUCUUCCUCUCCCAGGACCACUGCAUGCAGGAGCUGGUCAGUCUCAUCACCACCGAGCCGCCUGCCGACCUGGAGGAGCGGAGCCGUUUCAAGUUUCCCAACGUGGCUUGUGAGCUCCUGACAUCAGAUGUGUCCAUCAUAAACGAUAAGCUGGGCGCUGACGAGUCUCUCCUUGAGGUGCUCUAUCACUUCCUGGAGCAGGACCCACCCCUCAACCCGCUACUGGCCAGCUUCUUCAGCAAAACCAUCGGCAAUCUCAUUGCCAGGAAAACCGAACAGGUGAUUACCUUUCUAAAGAAAAAGGAAGGCUUCAUUGGUCUGGUGCUGAAACAUAUUGACGCCUCUGCCAUGAUGGACCUGCUGCUUCGCCUCAUCAGUUGUGUGGAGCCCGCCCCCUUAAGGCAGGAAGUCCUCCAUUGGCUGAACGAGGAGAAAUUGGUACAAAGACUCACAGAGCUCAUCCAUACUGGCAAAGAUGAGGAGAGACAAUCAAAUGCAUCCCAAACACUUUGUGACAUCAUCCGCCUUAGUCGAGACCAGGCCAAUCAGAUGCAGGAGAAUAUGGAGGCCGACCCACUAUUGGCUGUACUAGAGUCGCAGGAGAGUGUAGCGGGGCUCCUCAAGAACAUGUUUGAGGGGGAGAGGAGUGAGGCCUCCAUUGUUAACGGAACUCAAGUGCUACUUACCUUACUGGAGACCAGGAGGACUGGGUUGGAAGGGCUGAUGGAUCUAUAUUCUCAGGGUUAUGAAAGGUCUUACACUGUCAGCAGCAGUAUUUUAAAUGCCAUUGAGCCCCAUUUAAAGGACUUCCAGCAGCUUCUUCUGGAUCCCCCCAAGAAAAGUGCAAUAUUGACGACCGUUGGCCUUCUCGAGCAGCCACUGGGGAACGCCCGCCUUCACGUGGCCCGGCUGGUGGCUGCCCUGCUGCAGACCAGUGCCCCCAGUAUCUGCCUGGAGCUCUGCAAUCUUGCCACCAUGGACCUACUUCUGGAUCUGUUCUUCAAAUACUCCUGGAAUAACUUUUUGCACUUCCAAGUGGAGCUUUGUGUGGCGGCAAUCCUGAGCCAUCCUUCCUCAGAGGAGCGGCCCAGCCCAGCCCUCCAGAACCACGACGGUCAGCCUGCAGCAUCCAGCCCUGAGGCGCAGGAGGAGGCAAUGGAGACGGGCAGGACCAGUGACCCACACGCCUCCAUCCACCACGCCCUCGUAGCACAUCUCUUCCAGAAGUGUCAACUGGUACAGAGGAUCCUUGACGCCUGGGAGGAGAACGAUAAGAUACAGGGUGAGGGCGGCACCAGGAGAGGCAACAUGGGUCACCUGACCAGAAUUGCCAACAUGGUGGUCCAGAACCUGGAGAAAGGACCAGUACAGGCCCAGAUCACUGACCUCAUCAAAGAGCUGCCAGAAGACUGCAGAGGUCGCUGGGAGAGCUUCGUGGACGAGACGCUGAGAGAGACGAACAGGAGGAACACGGUCGAGCUGGUCAGCACCCACAACAUGCACUCGUCCAGUGAAGACGACGACAUGGAGAGCCCCUUCCCCAACGACCUGUCUCUCCAGCAGGCCUUCUCUGACUAUCAGAUCCAACAGAUGACGGCCAACUUUGUGGAUCAGUUUGGCUUCAAUGACGAGGAGUUCAGCGAGCACGAUGAGAAUAUCAACGCCACAUUUGACAGGAUUGCCGAAAUAAACUUCAAUCUAGACGCUGAUGAUAAUAGUGCCAAUGCGGCUGCUUUUGAAGCCUGCUGUAAAGAGAGGAUACGCCAGUUUGAUGACGUUGAAGAAGAAGAGGACAUUUGGGAGGAGAAGGAGAUGAACUAUGCAACACAAGCUAAAUCCAGAACAAGGUUCGGGAUCUCCCAAACCUCAGAGGAAAGCUCCAGGAGCAGCAUGGAGAACGGAGGCAGGGAGCGGGACCACGGAUCUGAAUCUGAUGAGGACGAGGACUGUGAGCAGAACGCAUCAGAAACAGGUCGGUCCGAGGACAGCAGCUACCCACAGAACGCAUCAGAAACAGGUCGGUCCGAGGACAGCAGCUACCCACAGAAUGCAUCAGAAACAGGUCCAGGCUGGACAGCACAUUUCAGGGACUCUGGAGGGACCGCAGCAUCCCAAACCCCAGCAGGGUGGGACAGCUCAUCCAGGAGUGGCGCAGAGACGCAGGGAAGUGGCUGGGCCAACUUCACUGAGUUCCAGCCUUUCUCCGGUACAGAGAGUGAUCCCAGGUGCAGCUCUCCUGUGGACUCAAGCAGCAGUGACGCAAAAACACAAGCCACACAAAACCCAGAGAAGAGUGCAGAUGCGAGUGCCUCCUCUGGAGCUUGGCCGGUGGGAGAAGGGAGAAAGGCUCCUCUCGUGGCCUCAGACAGCAGCUCCUCCGGGGGAUCCGACAGUGAGGAGGACGACAAAAACGCCGCUGCCGUCGCCUCGGAAACAGCCGGCACCCCCGGCAACAAGACAGCAGACCUCAAAAGUGAGGAGAGUCCGGCAUCUCUGGAGAAGCUCUCUCUGUCAGAUCCUCCUAAAGCGUCGGAGCAGCAGCCUGCUGAGGAUUCACCUGCCACCACACAGACAGACAGGAAAGAGGAAACGCCACCGCCCCAGGAAGUGUCGGUCAACGGGCCGGUCUGAGCUACACUGCUAACCAUCAGUGACGGUGCCGUGGACUGUCAGCCUCCUCCAGAGGGACUCCUCCCCUAAAUAACCUCACAGCAACUAUGGUGUUUUUUUACUGAAUCACUCGGCCACGUUAUUGGACCUGGACACUGCCAAUCAACACCAAUAAUGAGGCGGCGGGACAUAAAAAAAAAAAAAAAAAAGAGUGACAAACAAAACCAACAGACAGAAGAGUGUAGAGGAAUCAUCUUCAACGCCUUUUUUUGAUGUUGCACAUAAUUACGUGCGGUUUUAAUGUAGCAGCGAUCUUUGAAACGACAGAAUCCGAGGGGUAACAUCAUUAUUAUUAUUUUUCUAUGUCCAGAAAGAUUUCUCUCCCACUUGUCCGAAGCUGUUGGAAUCCCAUUGUUAGGGAUUUUACAUCGUCACCCCUGAAUGGAUAGCACAGGCUAACUUUCAAUGAUGCCUCAACAAUAAAUACUUUGGUUUUUUUUUGGAAAACUUUUUUUUUUUCAAGUUUAAGAAAAAGCACUUAUGCAGCCAUUUACUGUACAUUAUAGCACAAUGUAAGUGUUGUCCCCUCAUCUCUGCUGGCUGUCCCGUCUGUCGUCUCAGAUCAAGGUUCUUAUCCUUUGGUUGCGUGUUUCUUUCGUCUGUCUCUGGUAGCGGUUGAUGGAACAUCUCCAGGUUUCUGAAUGUUCUCAAGUGCUUCAGGAAGGGCGAGGUGGUGGUGGAGGGGCAGGUCGUUGAACAGAGCUCUAAUAGUAUUACUGUCUUUUGCUCAUGUGCAAUAAUGUCAAUUAGCCAUUUAUAUUUAAAAAUUAAAUUCAACUUUUUUUUUGGUCUUUUUAAAAAGAAUCAAUCUGGCGUCGCAGACUUGGAUCUGGUGUAGUUCUGGGCCGAUAAAUUUGGAUAUAAUCUCAACUUGAUCGUUCUGAUUUUUAAAUUUUUCUUUUUACUGCAUGUAUAACCGGUUCUGUUGACCUAGCUAGUGAGCUAAGACCUUCUGAUUGUAUUGACCUUUAAGUUCUUAUUGCUAUCCCCCUUAAAUCAACCAAACAUCUACCUAUAUACAAAUAUUAUCUACAUUUAAAAGUAAUUUUACAAGCAAUCUUGAGAUUACUAUUGUCUGUUCCUUUCUUCUCUCUCUCCACCAAGCACUUACUCACAGGGCCAGAGUGACGCUGUGUGUGUUUUUUAAGUUGUGAUCUUAUUUGUCUCUGAGCAGCAGGAUUGGAAAGAGGGCAGGUCUGGGUUCUGCAGAGCUCCGGGCCUCUUUGGUGUACUUCAAUCAUUUGACAGCGAUCAGGUUCUACGAUCAUUGUUAAAAAGCUAAUUUGAAAUUAAAAGUGUCUGGUUGACCACAUUAAUACCAAAAGCUUUGCUUUGCCCGUCUGGUUGUUGUCUUUCCACCUCUGCCCGUUUGUGUGAAUAAGACGUUAAUUUAAAGAGCCUGCACCCCCCCACAGCUCCUCUGGUGGAGUAGACCUCUGGUUGGGUCACGGGUCUCCAUAUAAAGAUGAUCAAAGGUGUAACAAAGCUGUCAGGAGAGUGAGUCUGCACAAGCACAUGGAGAAGAGGUAUACAGGGAGGUCAGAGUUCAGCCACUAAACAUAACUGAGGUACUUUAUGAUGCAGACGAACUGAGUUCAGAUGUUUAGAAGUGUGAGUGUAUGAGGUAUUACUACGGUAUAUGUAGCAAUGUACUGCUGUGGACGUAUUUUAGACACAAUCUACAUCAGUUUAACUCUAGGUUUUAUUUAGAAGCUGUUAAAGCAUCUAUGUGCUCAAAGCCACAGACUCCAUUGACAAAAAGUUAUUUUACCUCAGAACACAAGUUGCUGCUCUACUGCUGCCUACAUUGUUUAGUUUGUAUUAUGUGACUUUGGUAAAUCUGAACUAACGCUUUAAAAUUCCAAAGUCACACAUUAACACAGGAAGUAGCACUGACUAUAAAUAAGUACCUCAUACAACCCCACUGGAAAACAUCUGAACUAUCCCUUUAAAGUAAGGGUUGGCUGAACAGCAGCUUUUUCAGGUUUAGUCCCUAAACUACAAAUUGGCUUCAUAUUUCUGUUACCACUUUCCCAAACUUAUCCUUAUAUUUAUUUCUAAAUUCAAGGCAGCUAUUGAUUUCAGGACAAUAUGAAAUUCAACUUGUAGACACCUGAGAUAGGGAAUCCAUCCCAGUCAACAAGUAAUAGCCUUAAUAGUGAUCCCGAUGUCGGAAAGCAACACGUCAACUGUGAGCGUCCUGCUUGUAACUGCAGAUCCUCUCGGCAAAAAAAAUGGAACUUCCCAAAUAAAAAGCAGCCAGCGUUCAGUGGUGGAUCACCUGUUUUCAAAGCUGCUCUUUAUCUACCUUUACAUCAUCUGUGCAUAAAAUGAUAACGUGUGUGAACGGUGUUCCUUGUAACACACACAGAAUCAUCACCUCACCGGACUGUUUGAGCAUCUUUAAGAUCAUCAUUUGGUUUCACAGCCCUCGGUACUGUUUUGGUUCAGUCUUACUCAUUUCAAUAGACUCACUGUACACUACCUGCUCAGCACAAACAGACUGAGUCAGCAACUCCAUGGUGAACAUUCAGCAGCUAAUGAGUCGGAUAUUUCCCUCAGGAGAUGGUGGAGACCAAAACAGAGCCAAGCAGUGUGACUGCUAGCAAGCAAUUGAAAUAAACCAUUGUUUUUUUUGGAGAUAACUACAUUUAUA